AAAAUGUUGACUCAGAGAAAAUAUUUUAAAAAUUGAUAGUUAAAAUGUAUUUCUCUAAUACAAUUGACACAAAAGAAUCAAAGAAAAAAUGUUUCCGCGUUUCAUCUUUUUUUUAGGAUUUAGCAUUUAAAAAUAAGUACCAGACACCAAAUACCACUUGAAAGUGGGUCAAGGAAGUGUGUAUUUUUGACAUAAUUAUUAACAAUGAAAAAAUAUAGAUACAAGCAGAUUUUAAUUCAUUUUUAAACAAUGGGACCAACACGAGCUAUAGUUCUCAAAGUUCCUGUCGCUGUCAGAAUUCUCAUUCUAAAUUUGAUACAGACAUCUUGUACUGAGUCCCUAUCUUUUGUUGGAAAAUUUCAUUACAAAGAUGUUGUGUCGUUUGUAAGAAGUGAUCAAAGUUGCGGCUUUCUUCCAUCAAAUUUACCACACAUCAUUAAAAAACAUCACUCAGUCGAAAAAGAGUCAUGUCUAGUUUUCCUUACAAACGUAACUGAUAAAUCUUCAAGAUCAAUGUUCAUAGAAUUUGACACUAAGUACUUCGCUUUUGGUGCCAAAUACAGUUUUGAAACUAAAAUCGGUCCAUGUUAUGAAUCUUCUUUACAAAAAGUUGAAGGUCUCUUAAUUUGUGAAGGACCAACAGACGUGAAUGGAACAACAUGUGACCAGGGCUGCAUCAGAGGAAACGAAGUUUGUAGAUCUGCAAUGGGUGAUAACCAGGAAUUCUGUGUUUCGGAACGAACCUAUAAGGAAUCAUGUGACGACAAUUUACCGUGUUCAAAAAAUUUGGAAUGUAAAGCAUCCGGCGAUAAGAAAACAUGUCAAUGUAAACAAGACUAUGAAGCCAUUGAAGGACGGUGUUUGAAAGGUCGACUGCCUCUGGAGGAAAUCUGUGAAUAUGAUAGCCAGUGUAUGGGAAAUCUUUCACAAUGUUUACAGGAUGAGUUGAAAGGGAAAAGAGUGUGUUCCUGUUUGAAGGGUUAUAUUGCUAUCGGAAACCAAUGUUACAAAAGUGGACUUGUCCUUCAUGAAAAUUGUCGAGGUGAUUUACAAUGUACUGGGACCGAAAAUGCAGAGAGAUGCAAUGCUGUUGAACAUCAUACACAAGGAACGUGUAUAUGUAGCGAUGAUUACAUCGAAAUUGGUUUAAAGUGUUACAAAAAAAAUCGUCGUCUUUAUGAGUCCUGUGAAAAGUCUGAGCAGUGUACUGAAUAUGGUGGAGCCAAUGAGUGUAAAUAUAUAGACGGAGUAAAAAUCUGCCAUUGCAGAGAAGAUAAUAGAGUUUUCAACGGAUUAUGCUUAAAAUCGGAAUUGUCUCUUGACGAACCGUGCUAUAUACACGGACAAUGCAUAGGCGCAAGGAAUGCUACCGUUUGUGGAGCAAAACAUAACGGAUCUACUAGUUUAACCUGCCAAUGCAAUACAGGAUUUCUGAGAUACAGAAAAAGUUGUUUACAAGAGAAUAAACAUCUUUUUGAGGAAUGUGAAAUAGAUGAUCAGUGCAAUGGGACAUCAUUUGUCUGCAGGGAAAUACGUAACAGAAAAUUGUGUUUGUGUAAAGAAGGGUUCAAAGCAGACGUUGAACAUCUGAAAUGUUUCAAAGGUGAACGUUAUUUGCAUAAGAAAAGAACAACCGAUUGUUAAAAAAAAUUAAAGCACUGUUUUUAAAAAAUAAUAUCAUAUAUUCAGUAUAGAGCAAUAUUGUUCAUU